ACGUCGCUGGAAGGGGACACGUCCAAGGGAAACAAACAACCAAUUACCCCCACAAUCCCGGAGGUUCCACAUUUACCCAAAGCAACCAUGAAGAAUCUUGGAAUCACGCUGGCCAGCAUUGCUGCCACCGCGACCGCGACCGCGACUUCCAGUUCCGCCACUGCAUCUGCUCCAACAGGCUCUACAUAUGCCUCUGGAUUUGACAUGACCAGGAGCUGGGCCAAUUUGAGCCCCUAUAGAGAUGCAGAUGGUUUCAGCAUGCCCAAGGGAGUGCCUGAAGGAUGUGAACUGUCCCAGGUGCACGUUCUACAUCGCCAUGCCCAGCGUUUCCCUACCAGCUACCCACUGGAUGGUGAAGGCAUGGAGGAUUUCGCAGCCAAGGUCAGCAAUUACAGCAAGGCCCACCCAGGAAAGACUGUGGGCACAGGCCCUCUCAAAUUCCUCAAAGACUGGGAAUAUGUUCUUGGAGAUGAUUUAUUGAUGGAGAGUGGUGCAGCAACUGAGGCCACAUCCGGAGCGAGCUUUUGGAUCAACUAUGGUCGACUGUUGUACCGCGCUGGGCGGGAGAAUGUGGCUGCUUGGAGCUCAUCCUUGAAUGUGUAUUCUAACGGUACCGCCCGCGCAAAGCCGGUCUUCCGUACUACAUCACAGGCGCGUAUCCUCGAGAGCGCUCGGUGGUGGCUCGACGGCUUCUUUGGCAACACUGGCGCCAAUAGCUCUUACAGCCAGUAUGACCUCGUCAUUAUUCCUGAGGAGUCUGGUUUCAACAACACUUUGGCUUCCUAUGAAGCUUGCACAGGUGACAUGAGUGAAGGCGACGACUCUGCUGCAAUCUUUAUUGAACGGUAUACGAAGGACGCUCGUUCUCGUCUCGCGUCUUACUUCCCUAGCGAUUUCAACGUCACUGCUGCCGACAUUCUGGCUAUGCAGAAUAUGUGUGCUUACGAAUACACCAGCCUUGGCGGCUCAUACUUUUGUUCUCUCUUCACUGAGCAAGAGUGGAAGGACUUUGCAUACAACGUUGACAUCCAAUACUACGGAGACUAUGCCUACGGCUCUCCCAGUGGCCGUGCUCAAGGCAUAGGCUACGUUUUGGAACUUGCUGCUCGCCUUCAGCAAAAGCUCAUCACCUCCAGCGAUACUAGCAUCAACUACACCUACGAUAACAAUCUUGCCCAAUUCCCAUUUGGUCAGCCUUUCUACAUGGACAUGUCUCAUGACGAUAUUAUUCUGUCCGUGAUCAAUGCACUCGGCCUUGAUUACUUCAAGUUUGGUCCUCACGGUCUCCCGGCUGACAUCGACCAUGCGCCCAAACGAAACUUUUCUCUUAGUCAAAUGACACCAUUCGGCGCCCGCCUGAUGUCUGAAAUCUGGACUUGUCCUAGCAACACAUCUUUCAACGAUCUGGGACCUGUUCUGCUUAACAAUCCUACUGUCAAAUCCGGCAAGAAUGCCACGAGCUAUAUUCGCUUCGUGUUGAAUAAUGCCCCUCUGCCACUCGACGGCCUUGUGGGCUGUGAGGAUGCCAGCCAGGGCUUCUGCCCUGUUGAGAAUUUCCUACGUGGUGUGCCUACGCUGAAGAAAAAUGCUCAGUACCAGAAGGCAUGCUUCGGUAACUACACCACCGGACACCAGGUCGCUGAUGGUGUUCCUGAUUCUUGA